AUCACCAUCAUUGUCCCUUUGUACAGCUUUUGCUCCUCUUCAAAUUCAAUAUCCUUUUUUUUCAAUCUUCGUAUUUGUUUUGGGUUGUUUUUGUUCUGGGUAAUUGUGGGGAAAAAGGGGGUGGAGAAUCUGGAGAUUGGGAAGAAGAGUGAAUUUGGGUUUGUGAUCUCUGUUUCUUAUCUGGGUGUUUUGGAUAAUUUGAUUGAAGAUGACUGUGGAGGACAGAAGGGGUGGUUCAGACGGUGAGGAUGGAGGCCGGGACCUGUUUCCGGUGGGGAUGCGGGUUUUAGCCGUUGAUGAUGACCGAACCUGUCUCAAGGUUUUGGUUAAUCUGCUCCGCAAGUGCCAGUAUCAAGUUACUUCAACCACUCAGGCAAUCACAGCACUUGAAAUGUUGAGGGAAAACAAGAACAAAUUCGACCUUGUCAUUAGUGAUGUUAAUAUGCCAGAUAUGGAUGGCUUUAAGCUUCUUGAGCUUGUGGGACUAGAAAUGGACCUACCUGUAAUCAUGUUGUCAGUGCACAGUGAUACCGAGCUUGUAAUGAAGGGGAUUACCCAUGGUGCUGUUGAUUACUUGUUGAAGCCUGCUAGAUUUGAGGAGCUGAAGAACAUAUGGCAACAUGUAGUCAGGAGAAAGAAAUUUGAAUCCAAGUCCUCAAAUCAAGACAAGGCUCAGGGGACAACAGGAGAAGCUGGACAAGGGGCCACGUCAACAGGCAGUGCUGAUCAUGGUGGGAAAGUCAGUAAGAAACGAAAGGACCAAAGUGAGGGUGAAGAAGAGGAGGGUGAAGAUAAUGGCAAUGAAAGUGAGGAUCCGUCUACCCAGAAGAAGCCUCGUGUUGUUUGGUCUGUAGAGCUGCAUAGGAAGUUUGUUGCUGCUGUCAAUCAAUUGGGUCUAGAUAAGGCUGUUCCAAAGAAAAUCCUUGAUCUGAUGAAUGUUGAAGGGCUCACAAGGGAAAAUGUAGCAAGCCAUCUGCAGAAAUAUAGGCUCUAUCUGAAAAGACUAAGCAGUGUAGCAACCCAGCAAGCAAACUUGGUGGCUGCAUUUGGCAGUAAAGAUCCAUCUUACUUGCAUAUGGGCUCAAUGGAUGGGUUUGGAGAUUUUCGCACAUUGAGUGGACCUGGAAGCCUCUCAAGCACUUCUCUAUCAUCAUAUCAACCGGGUGGAAUGCUUGGUAGACUAAACUCACCAACUGCUUUAAGUCUGCACGGGAUUGCUGCUUCUGGCAUGAUUCAACAGGGACAUUCCCAGAGCUUGAGCACCUCUGCUUAUACUCUUGGGAAGAUCCAGCCCACCAUCUAUCCUGCAAAUCAAAACCAAAAUACAAAUUUGUUGCAGGGGAUCCCAACAUCAUUAGAGCUCAACCAGCUCUCUCAAAUCAAAUCUCCUACUCAAAUAGGAGAUUUCAACCAUGUUAAUGAUCCAGCUUUUUUUGGUGUUGCCUCACGCUUCCCAGAUGCCAGAGUCACAAUCUGUGGCUCAAGCAACUCUGUAUCUACAGCCUCAGGCAACGGUAUGUUGUUACAAGCAAAUCCACAUCAAACACAAAGUAGAGGUGCAUUUGGAAAUAAGCCUUCUCUGGCUGUUGCCUCACAGAGUCAGGAUUCAUUCAAUAUGGAUGUUCAAGGUUCUAAUUUUAUUGAUAGUAAUAGAUGCAACCAUAACUGGCAGGGUGCUGUUCAAUUAUCCAAAUUGCCAUCAAGUUCGUUGCCAAUAAGUGAAGCUUUUGGUCAUGAGCAGCUAUCUUGCAAUAAUCUCCAAGCCAACUUCUCUUGGUCAAGCUCUCAAAUGGGAAACAACACAAGUGAUCUCGCUUCUUCCAUGGCUAUCACAGCAAGUCUGGAGGAUUCUAGAGGAGACAUGCAGUGCCAAAAUGGUAUGAAUAGUGAUGUCAUUCAGAAGAUGAAUUACCCAGCAAAGCAACAGUGGGAAGAACAUGGUUACAACCAAAAUUUAAACCGCUCAUUUGGUGGAGUUAACUCCCUAGUUUCUUCAAGUGGUGUUGUAAUGGACCAAAGUGGUGCAGUUGGCAGUAAAAGGGCUGAUGAUUCGUUGUUUGGCCAAUUAAAUAGAGUUGCACCAUAUGUUGCUGGGCAUACCAAGGGUGAAAGAUCUACCUAUGACUCAAAAUUAAGAUCAAAUGAGGACAUCCUGUUAGAGCAGAUGAAGUCCCAGAACAGUUUCAUUCAAAAUAAUUAUGAUUCCUUGGAUGAUAUAAUGAGUGCCAUGAUCAAACCGGGACAAAAUAAUCAGACAGCAUUGAUGGAUGGAGAAUACUGGGUUUGAUGCAUACUUUCCUGGGUAUGCGAGUUGGUUGAAGCUGGUUCUUGGAUGAAAUCGGAUAACAACACAAGUUUACUCCUCUAGAUGGGGAGUCUGUAUCAUUAUGUAAUAUUCACUGUUUCUACAUUUAAUUUAUUGCUGCAACUAAUAACAGCUUCUCUUUUCUUGUUUAAAUUCAUUACUGGUGUUUCCAUACCUCUUUAUGGAUAGCCAUGGGAGAAAUUUUAUUACAUCCUAAAGUUUUUCUCUUUG